AUGAGCGGCAACGGCUACGUCAACCCAGAGAAGCUCAAAAAUGCCAAGAGGGCAAACACGUGCGUUCGAGUAAUACAGGUUAUCCUUGCCCUCUUCGUCUUGGUCGUCUUCGGCGUUCUCCUCUUCAGAGCCGGGGUGUUGAAGGACACGGAUGAGGCCAAGGGGGUUCUGGAGAGAAACAGGAAUCUCCUGUUUCCCGCAGGUGCAGCAUUUUUUCUCGUAUUCUUGGGCUUAUUCAACGUCUUUCUAAUAAAAUGCAUAUCGGAUGGCGGCACCUUCCGAGUCUUCUUGUUCAUCCCCCUCGACAUUUUUCUCGGCGCCUUCUUCAUCGCCGGCAUGAUUGUCAACAAGAGCGGCUUCACCGCAGAGUGCGGCGGCAGCGCAGCUGCCGCACCAGCCGGCGACGAUCUCUUGGAUAGAGUAUCCGGCCUGGCCUCGCUCUGCAACGCGACGAAAGUGGCCCUCUAUGCCUCUGGCGUUAUCAUACUGUUUCUCCUCAUUGGAACGUGCACCGGGUUCUGCGUUAGGAGCCUGGGCCACCAGAAUAAACAGGCGAAAAGGUUAUACGGUACCCAGGGAUACAACUCUCAGGGGCCGCCGCCGCAGUACCCCCCCCAAAACCCGUAUUCACAACAACCACAGAUGGGGCAGACGUACGGGCAGUACCCGUCAUCACAGAGUGGCUACUACCGGUGA